UAGAAAGUGAGAGAGGAGGUAAAGGGGAAAGCGGACCUUUCUCAAUUUUACCGUAAAGGUUCGCCGUAAAACAAAACAAAGCCCCGAGAUUCAUAAAGCUCACGCUCACAAGCCGACAUUGACCCGACAGUGACCCGGGACGGCGGGGGAGGUGGGAGCUAGGGGGCUUCACUCUUCCUCAGCCGAAAAUUCGCAAGCAAGGCAAUGACGCACCCAUAUCUGCGCCUGUGACCAGAGGAAUCAUGCCUCGAACAAAACAGAAUCAUCCAAAAAACCUGAAGGAUAAGAUUGAAGAAGCUCAGAAAGAACUUAAAGAUCCCGAUGAUUCACAAAAAGGUACCAAUGAAAAUGGCAGAAGAGGUACAGAUGCUGUUAAAGGUUUAAAACGAAAGAAGGUGGUGACUGAAAACCAUCUGAAGAAAAUUCCCAAAUCGCCGGUGAAGAAACCUUCACAGACAAAAAUCUCUGCAUCCACAGCAAAGGCAGGCACACCUUCGUCUGCUUUCCCCAGCUCUUUAAAUAAUUUAAGCACUUCUCCUGUGAAGAAUGGAAACCUGGAAGAUGACAAACACAUGCAGAAACCCCCCCAGAGCAAAGCAGUGAGCAGUGAAGCAGCUUUGAAAUUGGACGAUGGUGAGGGACUAAUGCAGACUGAGGCAUCUGUGGGUCAGCAGCAGCCAUUUGACCCCUGCCAGGGGCAGGAAGCUGAAGAGCAGCAGCAGGGGGGCAAAUCACAAUGGCGAGUAAAAGAUAAACCCUCCUUGCUGCAAGAAGUCACAACCAGACAGCCUCCCACUGCUUCCAUGUUAAGUGAAACUUGGAGCUGUAAGUCCAGUGGCAGCCCACCUGGCAUUUCAAACAGUGCCUCUCCUUCACAUGCCAGUGCUUCGCUUGAAGUUUUGUUAAAAGCCAUGGAGCCAGACCUCAGCUCAUUGACACAGAAGAAAAGCUCCCUUUCCAUUGCUCCAGCUGGCAAUCCUGGACCAAUCCAGGUCCAAUCCACUGGACAGACCACUGGAAUGUCCAGUGUGAAUAUGAGGGUCCAACAGCUGCCUUCACUGUCACAAUCUGAACUUCUUUCGGGACAACACUUGUAUUCCAGUAUUCCACAGACUGUGCAAAUACCACCAGCUCUAAAAAGUGGGCAAGCACUUAAUCAGACAGUGUCUCAGCUGCAUUAUCAGCACACUCCAGUUCUUUCAACGGGUGGGCAACAGAAUCCUCAGAAAACUGUGCAGGAUUUCACGCAGUCAGCUACCCACCAUCAGAAAAGCCAAGAAAAGCAUGGCUUUCAACAGUCUUAUAAUGUAGCACCAAUGCCUUCAGUGAAUCAUGCGCCUGUUCCAUCAGGUCCUCAGGCUCUUUCACAGAGUCAGCCAGUGGUCCACACGUGCCAGUCUGCCUCUGCUAGUGUGCCCAGUAAUCAAGUCCAAAUGGCCACUAUUAUAAACCCUGCAGUGGAAACAAUGUGCAAUAUCUCUGUAAAGGACCAGAAACCCAAAAAACAAGGAAAAUAUGUUUGUGAAUACUGUAAUCGGGCUUGUGCCAAACCUAGUGUCCUGCUGAAGCACAUACGAUCUCACACAGGAGAACGACCCUACCCUUGUGUCACAUGUGGGUUUUCCUUUAAGACAAAAAGCAAUUUAUAUAAGCACAAAAAGUCCCAUGCGCAUGCUAUAAAGCUGGGCCUGGUCAUACGGCCGGAUUCCAGUAGUGGGAUACUGUCACAAGAGUCUGACAAAGCACUUGGUACACAUUCUGACGUGGAGGAAAGUGGAGAAAGCGACGAUGAAAGCACAGCUGAUGAAAGGAAUUUGGACCCAGAAUCCUCACAAAGCAGUCUUACAGCCCUCUCUGAGAGCAGUAUGCAGAAUUCUAGCUCCACACAAGGUAACCUUUUGGAUGAGCCUCUAGCUGCUUAUGAGAUUGCAAAAUCAGGAACCAAUCAAAACUCAUCGGAACCCAAAGUAACAGCUGCUUUACCAAAAGUAGUUGUUUACCCGGUGAAUGUUUCCCCUUUGCGGGCUGACAGUCCUCGAGUAAUGGAUUCUGCCCCGGAGCUUUCUACAGCACAGAGGCAAAGAGAUUUUCAGACUGCAAGUAUAAGGUCAAAUGUAAUGGUAUUGUCUUCUUUAAAGGAAGUUGAUGGAAAUAGCCUUCAGCAGGAAUCUGUAAGUGACGAUGAGGACCAGCCCCCUAAGUCACCCCCAGGAGGAGGGCAUGCCCAGUUGCAAAGACAGCAAGCAACAGACUUCUCUCAGCAGCAGCAAGGCAAAUGCCUGUUAAGCCCACGGAGUUUAGGGAGCACAGAUUCUGGUUACUUUUCACGGUCAGAAAGUGCAGAUCAAACAAUGAGUCCUCCUAGCCCCUUUGUUAAGAUCAUUUCAGCUGUGGAGAUGGAUGUCAAUAAGAGCCCUUUGACUGGAAUACCUUCUGUAGUAAUGUCAGCAAACUACGCAGAGAAAUUGUCAGCUGUACCAGGCCAGAUGCGCCCACCUCUAGAGACAAAAUCUCUUGAAGAGCGCAUUUCUAAGUUAAUAUCAGACAAUGAAGCACUGGUAGAUGAUAAACAGUUAGAUAGUGUCAAACCAAGACGGACCUCUCUCUCAAGAAGAGGAAGUAUAGAUUCUCCAAAAUCGUACAUAUUUAAAGACUCUUUUCAGUUUGACCUUAAACCAAUGAGCAGAAGGACAAGCUCAAGCUCUGACAUACCAAAAUCUCCUUUUACCCCUACAGAUAAAUCUAAACAAGUAUUCCUUUUAUCAGUCCCUCCUCAAUAUCCAUCCAUGGACUGUUUACCAAUAACCAGAAGCAAUUCCAUGCCCGCAACACCUGGAUACUCAGCUCUUCCCCCUAACGUAGCACCUGGAACCCAUCCACCUCGAUGUCAGUCAUUUGAUGAGAAAAUUGGAUCAUUUAAUGAUGAUGUAUUCCUCUCUGGCCCUCCCACCCCAAAUCCAGCUGUUCACCCUCGAACGCUAGUAAGACAGACAGCAAUUGAAGACUCUUCAACUAGUGAAGGCCAUAGCCUUGCUUCAACAAGGUCUGUAGAUGAAAGUUACCAUGGAUCCACCUUGGCAGCAGAAAUUAUGCCAAGAAGUAAGUCAUUUGAACAUGGGCCUGGUCCAGAGAAAACUAAAAAGUCUCAACAGAGCCGAGGGACAAUGUAUGAGUGUGAAACAUGUCGAAACCGGUAUAGAAAACUGGAGAACUUUGAAAAUCAUAAAAAAUUCUACUGCUCUGAGUUGCACGGACCAAAAAGCAAGACUGUAUCAACCCGCGAGACAGAUCAGGAUACCGUUCCACGCAACACACAGCCCCAUGUCUUUCACUACAUAGUUACAGGUGCCUCAGGUGUGCUGGAGCAGCCACCUUUAAUAAGAAAAAGAAGAAAAAUGAAAAGUGUUGGUGAUGAUGAUGAGCAAUCCCCAACGGAAACCACAGCUCCUAGCUCUGGAAGUUUUGAUUCUGUCUCAAGCCAAAUGCUUAAAGAUGUUCAGGGUAGAGUUUUCUCCUCGCAUGCCUCUGUAAUGGUAGAUCCUAAACCUACUAGUAGCAAAGCACAAACCUCUCAAGUGCAGCUUGUGGCAAGAGGGACAGAAACAGUAGAUUCAAGACUGUCUCCUAUCAGAGAAGCUCAGAUAAGUGUUACCGGUAAAGAAAGAGGAGACAUAAAGAGACAGGGCAGUGGCAUUUCAGUAAUUCAACACACUAACUCAUUGAGCAGGCCCAGUUCAUUUGACAAAUCAGAAUCUUUUGAAAGAGGUUCGCCUGUGAAUUUACAGGAAAAAGAAAUCCAGAGUAAAACUAAACCAAUGCCUAUAUCUAGGGUUACUACUAGCAAAGAUGGACAUUCUGAGUUGGCCCCUAUACAGAAACAACCUGUUACUCCAGAAAAGCCAAGGGCUGACCAGCAUGAUGAUCGCAUAUCAGUUCCUUGUGAGAAUGUCGUUCCUGUACAGCAAUCAAGACUCGUUCGGCAAAACAACAUUCAAGUUCCCGAAAUCUUGGUAACAGAGGAGCCCGACAGGGAGCAGGAAAGCCAGGUCAAUGAACAAGAAAAGCCUGUAGAAACUUUUAACUGGCCCCAACGCAGUGAAAGUCUUUCUAAAUUACCAACGGAAAAGCUCCCACCUAAGAAGAAAAGAAUCCGAUUAGCUGAAAUAGAGCAUUCCUCUGGGGAAUCCAGUUUUGAAUCUACCUUAUCGAGGAGCCUAAGCCGGGACAGCAGUUUGUCACGUUGUUCUAGCAUAUCGGCCUCUUUUGACCGGGAAGAGGUGACAAAGCCAGAGAGCCCACUGAAGACAGAAGGUAUUGGAAAGCCCCCUGAAUAUCAAGGACCACCAGUGGGCUGCAAUACUCUGGGAGUCCCUGGUUCACACUCUAGGGAAAUGAGACGAGCUGCAUCUGAGCAAAUCAGUUGCACUCAACCAUCAGUGGAGGUUACUUCAGAGUACCGCAGCAAAUCCUUUGACUGUGGUAGCAUAUCACCUACUAGAUCUCUGUCACCUAUGGAGACAGUUUUACCCAAGACUCCUGCAGUUACAGGAGUUCAGGUGCCUCUCAUUGAAAGAAGAAGGGGACCAUUAGUUCGGCAGAUGUCUUUAAAAAUUGGUCCUGAAACCCAGCAGCAACGAGGAAAUCUUCCCAUGUCUUUCCAACAUGGUUCUUCUGUCAAUAUGGCUCCAGUUCAACAACACAAGCUUCAGGCUGCUAGUAGAUCUUCCAUGCAACCUAUGAUGUUGCACUCAGCCAGUCAUGGUGACAUUUUUCAAAAUAAGAGUGAAAAUUUAGUCCAGAGUGUUAAUUUGGGCAGUCAAACAAGCACUCAGCAUCCUCCCGUUUAUGGGCUUCCACAUCCAUGGCAACAUAUCUCCACAGGCCUGAGUGGUCAAAGAGUUCAGCGUUCUUCAGGGCAAAUAUUAGCUGGCCAAGGAGAAAUCCAAAAUAAUUCUGCUGUUACACUUGAUUUGCAAGAAAAGAAAAACUAUGUACCCAAAUAUCAACUGCAAGUUUCCCCUUUGAAAACAAGCCAGUCAUAUUUGCUCCCAAGUGCAUCAAGUAGUGUACCUGUAAUCUCGCUUCCUGUUUCAAAUGAAGUUAUUACUGUUUCCAAGCCUUCAGAUGCAAUCCAGAAUCUCUAUAUGGUCCCACAAGUGCAGCAAAUUAUUGCAACCCCCUCGCCUGGACCGAUACAGCCAGUAGCAUCCAUUGUUUUGCCUGGGACCCUUCAGAACAAUUCGUCAUCAUUCAGCCUAGCAAACAUCACCUCUUUGCCUCAGAUAUUAGUAACCCAAGAUCAGGUCAAUUCUUCAUGUGCAACUGCUUGCAAAGUAAGCACUGCUCCAGUGCAAAUCACAGACACGGAUAUUAGAAGUUUGCCACAUGUUCAACAAGACAAGCCACAAGCUUCUGUUAAUCCCCAGGUAAAAUAUAUUCAAGUAAUUGAGAAUCAGAACCCCAUUGGUGAGAGCAGAAACAUGUCUACAUUAGGUGCCACAAACUGUGUUCAGAAAAUACAACCUGUGGGCCUUUAUCCUCAACAGGAGCCUACUGCUUCGAGCAAACGCAUGCUUUCACCUGCCAACAGCUUAGACAUUGCCAUGGAGAAGCACCAGAAACGAGCAAAAGAUGAACACGGAUCUGCAUGCUCAACUGAUGGCAGAUCACUGAACUUCUUAAACACAAGGAUGGGAGAGGUGACGAGACAAAGGAAGCUCAUGCUGGUUAGACAGGUGUGUACCACCGAACCAGCUGAUAGUCCAUUAGACUCAGAAAACUCCCAGCAGCAUCUGGAAAAGCCUGAGAUUGAAAAGGUUGUUAACAGCCAAGCAUCCAAAACCUGUAUACCCAGAGCAACAGAGGCUAUAGGAGAAGUCUCAGAAAAAGAAACGCCAGCAGUCUAUCCUGUGUCAAAUUCUGUGAUACGAAUGUCCCCAGGGCCACCCGUCUCACCUCAAACUGCCCAUUCUGCACUGAAAUCUCAAGGCAAGACUGAGGAAAGAUCUUCUGCAAAAACCCAGUUGAGGUCACAGAGUUUCCAGGGUCAGGUUAAACUCGCCUCAUCGGUUUCAGUUGUUAACGCGAGGGAUAGCCAUCGUUUGUCAUUUCCCAGCCUGAAGACCACAACGAGUUUCACCUGGUGUUUCCUAAUGAAAAGAAAGCCUCUGCAUGUCCUUCAGGCUGACCAGCGUAUUUCGGCCUAUGCCACCUGGUCCAUUAGUACAAACAACCCAAAUCCACUUGGACUGCCGACAAAAGUGGCUCUGUCGCUUUUCAAUUCCAAACAGAAAGCAAAGAAAACACACUACACUCAAGCAAUAACCACAAGCUCCAAAUCUGACAUCUUGGCGUACUCCAGCAAGUUGAAGAACAGCUUACCCAAGGUUUUAGCCCCUCAGACGUCUUUGCCAAAGGAAAAAAACAAUAAAGGCAAAGCAGAAAACCAACAGACCAGCGAGUCAGACAAGGAGUCUUCAACUAAAAGUGAGCCAAGACGAGUCAAAAUCUUUGAUGGAGGGUACAAGUCAAAUGAGGAUUAUGUGUACGUGCGGGGCAGAGGCAGAGGGAAGUACAUCUGUGAAGAGUGUGGGAUCCGAUGUAAGAAGCCCAGCAUGUUGAGGAAGCACAUUCGAACCCACACAGAUGUCCGCCCCUACCACUGCACCUACUGUAACUUUUCCUUCAAAACUAAAGGUAACCUGACCAAGCACAUGAAGUCCAAAGCCCAUAGCAAGAAAUGCAUGGAAAUGGGUGUUUCUGUGGGUCUCAUAGAUGAUCAAGACGCAGAAGAGUCAGGAGAUAAAGGGAGACUGGGAUACGAACGCCCAGGCUCAGACGUGGAGGACUCGGAUGGCGCGGACGAUGACGAUAAUGACAACGAGGAAGAGGAUGAGGAAGACAGCCAAGCAGAGUCGGUGCUGUCUGCCACCCCGUCAGUCACUGCCAGCCCUCAGCAUCACCCAGCAGGCAGUAGCCACAGCGAGUUUCCAAGCAGCGCCAGUGCGGACGAGCAGCAGAGGGUGACGAGGAGCCUGGCCAGGCUGGACACCGCUCUUCUGGAGACCCUCCCAAGCGCCUUGCUGGCACAAAUGAGUAUCUCAGGAGAUGCCUUCCCUCUGUCCACUAAAGAAGUACAGGCCAGCUCCACACACAGGAGCCCUGGCACAGAGACAGAGUCAGACGCAGUGGCGAUGCUGAGCCCCAAGUCCCCCUGCCGACAGAUGUCAAUCGAUUACCCGGAGCAGGACGAUCCUCUCAGUCCCUCGGCCUCAAACAAGGUCUCGGAGCCGUCAAAGGUUCACUUGCCAGGGGGCCAGUCCUGUCAGCAGAGUGAAGCUGGGCUGCCGGUUGAUCGCAGCACUCAGACCAAUUUAGUGCCUGCGUCUGUCUACACGGCGCCGCCACUGCAGCCCCAGUUCCUCCCUCAGAGUCAGAUAGAUCCUGCAGCAGCACCAACACACUUGUUCAGCCAUCUGCCCCUGCACUCCCAGCAGCCCACCAGAACCCCCUACAGCAUGAUCCCUGUGGGGGGCAUCCAGCUGGUGCCCGCUGGGCUGGCGGCCUACUCCACCUUUGUGCCGAUCCAGGCCGGGCCAGUGCAGCUCACCAUCCCUGCUGUGAGCGUCAUUCACCGCACAGCCAGCCCCCAUGGAGAGAAAUCCCCUGAAGGAGCGCCGUGCGCUGGCAACCCCUUGGCUAUGACCGAACAAGUGAACAAUGUGCUGCCUUGCAUUCCCAUCGGACAGGUCAGUGUUACAGGGCUGCAAACCCUCAGCACUCAGACUCUCCAGCCCCUUCCGGCUCUGGGCCUAGAGACGCUCAACAUUGUGGGCCUGGCAAACUCCAACAUCGCCCCCCAGGUGCAUCCUCAGAGCCUCACUCUGAACGCAUUAGGCUUGCAAGUGCUGGCCGCCAACCCACCAAGCCAGAACUGCCCGAGCCCACAAGCACACAUCCCUGGGCUGCAGAUCCUGAACAUAGCAUUGCCCACUCUCAUUCCAUCGGUCAGUCCGAUUGCAGCUGAAAGCCAAGGUGGGGAAGAAACUUCCAAUGUCAAUUCUAAACCCUGUGAUGCUACGCUUACUCAAGGAUCCAUAAUCCCUCCUGGGGAUGUCGACAUCAACAUUGCUGGUCGGGCAUUAACCCCACAAACAUCCACGAGUAUUCAGCUAAGGGAUUUAGAAAUCACACCCUCAAACAGGCCAGAACUGCCGUCGGGCUCCAGAAGCACUGCAGAGAGCGCAAAGUGUGACGAAGAAGUGGCGUCACGACCCAAGGCUGGCCCAGAAACGGCACCACUUCAGAGCACCAGAGGCUCUGCCAUUGAGCACUUUGUAAAGGGCAGUGAGGAAGAAGUCUCAAAGCAAGAGGCUUCUCCAGGAGGCUCCUGUGAAGCAAGGCCUCAAGGACGCCCAGGGGCCCCAAGACGUCAGAUCACAGUGGAGUACAAUGACGUCUCUAGCGAUGACGAGGACAGACUUGUAAUAGCGACCUGAUCGCUUCACGAGAGUUCUUCAUUUUAUUUUUUGUAAUGCUUGUCACUUUGUAAAACUGAAAACACUUAAAAGGUUUGCAAUUCUGCAAAUACCUCUUUCCUCAAAGCACAUUUUCUGACAUUUCAUAUUAUACGUGCAAUCAUAAAUAAUGACCAAUCUUUACCUUGUUUCUUUUUAUUUUUCUUGUCGGCUCCAGCCAUUUUUUUUUUUGUUUUUUGUACAUGUUGUAUAGACAAUUGUGCCUUUUGGAGUUUCUUGUUUAGGAACCUGUAUAUAAUACAGAGAUUACAAAUCCAGUAGUUGCUUGUGUUUAUUUAGAAAAAACAUAAAACAAAAAAACUUUUAUUUUCAAAAGUGUUAUGUCUGUCAUAAAUUUCUGAAUAAUAAAAUAUAUAUAUAUAUAUGUUGCACUGAUAUUGUACAUUUCUAUGGCUAUGGGGCAAAUGUUUCUGUGUACAGAUGUUGUAGUUCAAACUAUUUAUUGUAAUCCAUCUACUGGCCAUGAAACAUAUGUCUAUGUUUUUCCUUGUGUAAGACGGUAGCUUCACAUUUCGGUAUCUGAUGAACUGUAUCAGUAAAACUUUGUUUACAGAG